AGAAAUUCGUACUAGAUACAUUGCGCAAAAUAUAUAAUAUAGAGACAUACGGACCAGUGGUCGAGUCCUUUUUUCUUCCAACGUCGGCAUGCGUCGGGUGAAAGAGCAACUGUCAAGUUCUUAUUCACAAGAGGAGGCAUGUCCACAGAAGAAACAGAUAAAGCUACUGAUGCGAGCGGGGGCGAUGAAGAAGAAUGGUUAUAUGGAGAUGAGAGUGAGGAGAAGGUAGAGGACGAGGCACCUAAUGGUUCAGUGAAGUGCGACAGUGAGAAGCCCCAGCCGCCUGCUGAGGAGGUCCAUGAGAUUAAAGACGUAAAGCAGGAUUCAGGCCAGGAAGAUGAAGAGAGUGACAGUGAGGAUGAUGAUAAUGACGUUUGUGUAACCAUUGGAGCUAUAACAACCGGUGGCUUGUGUCAGUCGUUCAGUGCCUUCGGAUCCACGCCUGUUAAUCUCAACAUUAAGACUGCAGGACGAACACAUGCGUCAGCUGGCCCCAAACCAAAAGGACUGGACCUGGACGCGCAGGGCAACGUCAAUGGAAUCCCAGUGUUGGAGGUGGACCUGGAGACUUUGGAAGAGAAGCCGUGGAGAAGGCCUGGCUCGGACCUCUCGGACUACUUCAACUACGGCUUCAAUGAGGACACCUGGAAAGCCUACUGUGAGAAGCAGAAGAGACUACGCAUGGGGUAUGACGGCAUAAACCACUCGGCUUCAGCCGCUAAAAUCAUGGUCCACCAGGGACGUUCAAGCCUUGGAGAUGGGGCCCUCCCCUGCUUUAGGUCGGACUACUCCUCCCCCAGCAAACCAGCCUCCUCCAGUAGAAAGUCCAGCAGCACCAUCGAUGUUAUUGGAGGACAAACUGGUACCAUCAGCCGGGUAGAAGGACGGCGACGUCACAGCGUUGAUGGAAAUAACAUCCAGGUUCUUUCUGAGCCCUCCUCUGAUGCUGACCCUACUCCCACUAAGAUAUCCCCUUUCUACCACCCCAACAUCCCCCCUCCUCCUUUCCUGCCUCCAUCCCACAAUGUCAGCUCCGCCCCUCCACUCAUUCCUCCGCCACGGAUCCCCAUCAGUAUUCCUCCACCUGGCUACCCUCCUGGGGCACCCCCUCCCUCUUUGAUCCCUUCACUAGACUGUGGACGCUCUGGAGGCUACGAUGGUCGCUCGGCACCAGUGUACCCCCCCUUCCCUCCAGGUGUUUACCCUCCGCCCCCUCCUCCCCCCCCGGGCAGCACCACAGCCUCCUGGGCUGGGGUUUUCGACAGCGCCAAGGCCUGGGAGUACUAUGCCCGUCGGGACAGCGAGCGGGAGCGCCACAAGGAGAGAGAUCGGACCAGAGAUCGCGGACAUGACAAAGACCGGGAGAGAGAGCACAGCCCGUCCGCCCAGGCCUGCAGUGACGAGGAGCGGCGCCGGCGCAGGGACUCCGGAGAGAGAGGAUACGAGCGGCACCACCACCACCGAGACAGAACCACCCGGGACAACGAAGACCGACACCGAGAGAAAAGACACAGAGACAAGGAGGAGAGAAGAUACAAGUCCUCACGCAGCAGCAGGAGGAGACAUGACAGUGAGGAAGGGGACAGCCAUCCGAGGCACAAACACAAGAAGGCCAAGAGGAGCAGAGAUGACAAGGAGCCAAGCCAGGAACUCUCCGCUGACCAGGAGAACCAGUCAGAGCCCACCGAGUGACAAUUUGUGCCACUCUCCAACCAAUUGGAGGCCCCGGUGUGACCACUUAGGCAUUCUGUGUACCUGAGACUGGACUGCUCCUCUUGCUGUUAAUAUAUUUUAGUUAGUUAUCCUUGAAGGUGAAAAACCAAAUAAUUGUUUUAUGUAUAUGUUGUUUAUAACAUGUAUGUUUUGACCUACCUGAGGGAGAGUUUUUUUGUUGUUGUUGAAUGUAAAAGAUUCAGUAUAUUUAGAUAAAGUGGCUAUCUAGACCUCAGCUAAUGAGUAGUUUGAAUCUCACUGGGCGGCUGUUGUACAUGUGUAUACAUCUUACCCUUAAACCCAAACCUCCAACCUUUGCUAAGAGCUCGCGGGCAACAGUUCUUUUC